AUGCCGUUGUCGUGUCGAUUUUAUCAAGAAAAAUAUCCAGAAGUAGAAGAUGUGGUGAUGGUGAACGUUAGGUCUAUAGCGGAGAUGGGCGCGUACGUUCAUCUGCUCGAAUACAACAAUAUAGAGGGCAUGAUAUUGCUUUCUGAAUUGUCCAGAAGACGUAUCCGUUCCAUAAACAAGUUGAUUAGAGUAGGCAAGACAGAACCGGUCGUAGUUAUCAGAGUAGACAAAGAAAAAGGUUACAUUGAUUUGUCAAAACGUCGUGUAUCAGCCGAGGAUAUUGACAAAUGUACCGAGAGGUACGCCAAAGCUAAAGCCGUGAACUCAAUUUUGCGUCACGUAGCUGAACUUCUGCAUUACCAAAGCUCGGAACAGCUAGAAGAGCUUUAUAAACAAACAGCUUGGCAUUUCGAAGAGAAAUAUAAAAAGAAAGCAUCAGCUUAUGAUUUCUUUAAACAGGCGGCUGUAGACCCCUCUGUACUCAAUGAAUGUGGUCUCGAUGAGAAAACCAAGGAGGUUCUAUUAGCUAACAUCAAACGGAAACUGACUUCCCAAGCUGUGAAGAUCCGAGCUGAUAUUGAAUGUGCCUGCUACGGUUACGAGGGUAUUGACGCAGUGAAAGAAGCGUUGAAGGCCGGCUUGUCUCUAUCAACACCAGACAUGCCCAUCAAAAUCAAUCUCAUAGCCCCACCUUUAUAUGUAAUGACAACUUCAACCCCGGAGAAGACUGAUGGCCUCAAAGCUUUGCAAGAUGCAAUCGAUAAAAUCAAAGAUACUAUUACCACUGCCGGUGGAGUGUUCAACAUUCAGAUGGCUCCCAAGGUUGUCACCGCAACUGAUGAAGCAGAGUUGGCAAGACAGAUGGAACGUGCCGAGGCUGAGAAUGCAGAAGUUGCUGGUGACUCGGCUGAAGAGGACGCAGACCAAGGCAUGGGUGAUGCUGGUAUGGAUGAAGAGCCACAACAGAACGGAGCUUCGGAUGACACUGAUGAGAAUUGA